AUGCUCAAGGGUAAAGAACGCGCCACGCCGCCCCCAGGCCAUUCCUUCCUAGGAGGCACGCUUGCAAAUUCUGUAGGCGAGUCGCCCGUCAUUAUGUUAUACCCACUGCUUCUCGCAAAGACUGUGGUACAAGCUUCUCGUAGAUCUAAUUCCGCCAACAAUUCAUCACAGUACAUUUCAAUUCGAUCGUCACUCCUAGGAAUUUAUACCGCUGGCGGAUUCUUCGCUCUAUACCGUGGUCUCGGGGCGCAGUUAUUCAAAGGCGUAGUGAGGCAAGGAACAGCUAUGAUGGUGAAGCAAAGGAUUGAACAACUGGUCGUACAAGCCUACCUCAAACAGAGAGCACUGCGUCGCGUCCAAUACAAGGGUUAG